AUGUCUGGGAGGGGGCUAAGGUGGGACACGACAUUUAUCAAGUCGAUUUUCUGGAAACAAUUUUUCGAGGCUAGCGCCAAUGUCUCUCUUUCGGGGUAUGAAGAGCAGCCGAACGAAGACACCGUCCAGGACCAGACGGUAACCGAGGAAUCGACCAACACCACUCAUACCACGCUCGACGACGCCGCGUCUUACGAGACGCCGUCAUCAGAGCACCUGGAUAUCGAUCAUCGCGGUGAAGAUCUGGAUCUCUCCUCACUCACGAUCUCCCCGUCUCACAGUACGCCGCGGCCCCCAGUGCGUCAGAGUGGACAAGACGAACCGACCACGUUGUCCAUUCCAUACCCCUCGCCAUACGAGACUCUCCGUGAGGAAGGCACCGGAAACGAAGAUACUUCGGCUCUUCCGGGCGAUACACCAGUGACCCCCGGAAGGUCUGCUGGCAGGCAACGGCAGGAUCAGUCCGAAACGCCACUGUCAUCUCCGUUUAUUCCUCCAGAAUCAACAGCCAGGAAGAGCAGGAACAACAAUAACAACCAGAAACCGACAGAUCCCGUUCUUCAUCGGGUGCUCGACAAGACUUAUCGCGUCCAAGCGACGCCGCUGACCAAAGGAACGGGCCGGACGAAAUUCACGGUGACCCCAAAAGACAAGCCUACGUCGCGGUAUGCAUUCGACGAUUCGCCCAUCUCCAGUCCUGAAAUGGAAGCUCCGAAGCUGCACGAAGAGAUCUUUUCCUCUCCGCUCAAGGGCCAGACGCCGGGCACGAGCCGAAAACGCCGGCCCAGCAAGACGCGCGUCACGCCGAAGCCUGGCAUUAGUGUGCUCACGCCAGCAAAGACACGAAAGGGCAGUGCCUGGGACAGCGACGACGACUUGGACGACCUGGACAAUGAGGAUUUCGGCACCAGCCCUCCGAAGACGAUGCAAUUCCAUAUCCCUCACAGCCGGCUCAUGAAAACACCAGCAAAGGAAGCAUCCAAGCGCAUCGUGUCGGAUAUCCUUGCUACGGCCGGCGGCACAGACCUCACGGACGAGUACGGGUACGGUUUAGAAGGACGUCAGCGAGAAGAGGAGGAACACAGCCCGACCGUUAUCCAACGCUCAAGGGACUUGGCAGAUGAAACUUUUUGA